AUGUUUCUCAAACUGCUCCUGUUAUUUAAAUUGAUCCUGCUACUCCCACUGCUCUUGCUUCUUCCACUGCUACUCUUUCCAAGGCUCAAGUUACUCUACACGGCUCCUGUUUCCCAGAAUGACCCUCUUCUCCGAUCCCCUCCCCUAUCUCCGUUGCCUAUGUCAAUCCAACUACCCUUGCUACAACACUGUUCCUGUUAUAACCACAGCUCCUGUUACUAUAAUUGCUCCUGCUACACCAACUACUCAUGCCCCUACUAUUCCAACCGCUCAUCCAAAUGCUCUUGUUACUCCCGUCGCUCUACUCCAACUGAUCCUGCUUCUCUAACUGAUCCUGCUACUCUUACUGAUCCUGCUACUCCAACUGACCCUGCUACUCCAACUUUUCCUGCUACUCCAACUUUUCCUGCUACUCCAACUGACCCUGCUACUCCAACUGACCCUGCGACUCAGACUGAUCCUGCUACUCCAACUGACCCUGCUACUCCAACUGACCCUGCUACUCCAACUGAUCCUGCUACUCUUACUGCUCCUGCCUCUCCAACUGAUCCUGCUACUCAAACUGCUCCUGCUACUCCAACUGAUCCUGCUACUCCAACUGCUCUUGCUACUCCAACUGCUCCUGCUACUACAACUGAUACUGCUACUCCAAAUGCUCCUGCUACUCAAACUGUUAGGAGCUAG